AUGAGAUCUAUUGAAGAUAAAGGAUGCUAUAACCUUGGACCAGCUCAGGAAAUUUCAAGCAGCAAUGCCAUUAAUUUUGAGUUUCACAAAGGGAAUGGAACAAACAACAACCGUGCUUCUAAUCAUCGAACUGCCUUAGGCAAACCAACACCUUCGAAAUGGGAUGAUGCGCAGAAAUGGCUAGUGGGACUGUCGAGAGGUAGAGACAAGAGCCAAUCCAAAACCACACCUCGAAACUCCAAUGCUGAUGACAGAAGACUAAUAGCACCUGUUCCACAAAAGGAACAAGAUUAUUCCAGUGGAGAGGAUGAAGGAGCAGCACAAGCAAAUGGUUUUGCUGCUGCAAUGUUUUCUAAAUACGAAGGAGAAACAAAAAAGGUGGAUUGUGAUGAGUCAAUUUGGCGAAUCAACAAACCCGCAGAGAACUCAACUUCAGCUGUUAGAUCAAUAUGUGUGAGAGAUAUGGGGACUGAGAUGACCCCUAUUGCAAGCCAAGAGCCAUCGAGAACAGCAACACCCAUCAGAGCCACGACUCCUGCUGCAAGGAGUCCUAUUUCUUCAGGAUCUUCCACCCCAGUAAGGGCUGAAACUAACGCUGCUGCCAGGGGAAGUGGUUCAAACGGACUGUAUGGACAAGAAUCCAGGAUAAAUGAGAACAAUAAUUCAGAUCAAGCUAGAAAGCAGAAUACUCUAGAAACCCGAGCUAUGGCUUGGGAUGAGGCUGAACGUGCCAAAUAUAUGGCAAGGUAUAAGCGUGAAGAAGUGAAGAUACAGGCCUGGGAAAAUCAUGAGAAGAGGAAAGCAGAAAUGCAAAUGAAGAAAAUGGAGGUGAAGGCUGAGAGAUUGAAAGCUCGGGCAAAAGAAAGGUGUGCAAACAAACUUGCUACCACAAGGAGAAUAGCAGAAGAGAAGCGUGCAAAUGCCGAAUCCAAACUAAAUGAGAAAGUUAUGAGGACUUCUGAAAGGGCAGAUUACAUAAGGAGGACCGGUCACUUGCCCUCUUCGUUCCCUUUCAAGUUGCCUUCCCUUUGUUGGUAGUAACUCUGCUGUUAAAGCUAAAUGCCAAAUCCGGCUUCAAUCCUUGUUCUGCUACUUUCUCAAUAUACAUAUGAUGUACUU